CUCUCCACCAGUCAUGGGGGGUGUACCCUCCUCAGCUCUGUGUGCCAGCAAAAAAUACCAGGCACAUGUCUGGUUUUUCCUCUCUCCAGCUACUCUUUCCUCUGCCUUUUAGGGUGAGAAAUCUCAGCUGUACUUAAAUUGACUGCUGACGCCUGUGGUCUGGAAAUGAUCUCCAGAAAAAUCGUCAUUGUGAGCUGCACCUAUAUAAAUAAGAGGAUUGUGACUGUGCACAGAAGCCAAUUCUAAACUUAGACCCUUACCAGAUAAGAACAUGAGCUAGCUACCAGCUGACCCUAAUGCACAGACACUAUUUAUUCCCGAAGAUGAACCGGGGAGGCUACCUAGUCACUGAUCACUGGGGAGCUUUUUGGCUACGACAUCCUCUCUAGCUGUUGUUAAGGGGCAACUUUUCAUGGGGUUGAUGUGUAGAUAAUUCAAAUAGGCUUUCGAACUUUAAAGAUGGUUCUUGCUUCCAUUUAGUUUCUGAUUAGGAAAUGCAAUGUUACACGUGUAUUUUCACUUUCGGUAUCACUCAAACAGUUAAAAACUUCCUGCUGCAGCUGAGUCUCCACUUUAAAAAUAGAAAAUGCUACUGCAUCUGGCCCGUGCCCCGCGCGGCACCUACCGGCCUCGCUCCGCACAUUUCUGAAUAGGGCUCAAUGUCGAGGCCGUUGUCCAGCUCGCACAAAAGCCUCUGAGAAGUCUAAAGGGACGCGAAAAAUAGCUAGAAAUCCAGGCGCCUACCUUUCUUCCGGCUAGAGCAGUUGUGCUUAGGACACCUGGUGUCGCAGACAGAAACGCCAGCCACUCUAUGCCCGCAGGUAGUGCGCUUGAAAGGAACUGCAUUAAGCAGGUCCUCACCAAACGGCGGCUAGCGAGUAGAGAAGAAUGUUCUUCUAAACGAAAAGCUAGCUGGAGUGUUCUGACCAGUCAAGGUUCCUGGGCAGAUCGCUCGCCACUACAUGAAGCCGCAAGUCAAGGGCGUCUUCUUGCUCUGAGAACAUUAUUAUCACAGGGUUAUAAUGUGAAUGCAGUAACCAUAGACCAUGUCACCCCGCUGCACGAAGCCUGCCUUGGAGAUCACGUGGCGUGUGCCAGGACACUUCUGCAAGCUGGAGCUAAUGUGAAUGCAGUCACGAUCGACGGCGUGACCCCUUUGUUUAAUGCCUGCUCACAAGGCAGCACCAGCUGCACAGAACUUCUUUUGGAAUACGGCGCCAAGCCCCAGCUGGAGUCCUGCCUCCCUUCCCCCACUCAUGAGGCCGCCAGUAAAGGUCACCAUGAAUGCCUAGAAAUACUGAUAUCCUGGGGCAUCGAUGUUGACCAAGACAUUCCUCAUUUGGGAACUCCUCUGUAUGUGGCUUGUAUGUCACAGGAAUUCCAUUGCAUCCAGAAGCUUCUUUAUGCCGGUGCUGAUGUACAAAAAGGCAGAUAUUGGGACACACCACUACAUGCUGCUGCUCAACAAUCCAGUACGGAAAUUAUAAGCUUACUGCUAGAAUUUGGAGCAGAUAUCAAUGCCAAAAAUAUGGAGCUUCUACGACCCAUAGAUGUAGCUACUUCCAGCAGUUUGGUGGAAAGACUACUGCUUCAGCAAGAAGCCACUCCGAGCUCUCUUUGCCAACUCUGCCGACUCCGUAUCAGGAACUACAUAGGAAAACCCAGACUGCAUCUCAUCCCACAGCUCCAGCUGCCAACACUGCUGCGCAAUUUCUUACAGUACCGAUGAAGCAGUGAAGUAAUUCUAAAUACUUUGAAAGUCAAAAAUUUCUACUUCAUCUGCAGAAUGUAUAUUUCAUACUAAAAUAUGCUCAAGAUAGGGUAAAAGUGAACACGAGAACAUCCAGGGAAAUAGUGAAGUGUGAAUUUUAAUUUUAAGUGUACCAUUGAGUAGUAUUAUUUUAUGCAUUUUUACUGUUUUGAAACUGUAGUAUAUUUUAAAUAUCUAUGCUAUUAGCUAUUCCUGUAUACUCCCAGCUACUCAACAUUGUUGAUUUAGAAAAAAAAUGAGAAAUCCCCCAUUUUGUUUUUUUAGAGUAGAAAAAGAAUUCUUACUAAAAUUACUCACGUAUUGUACUUUAAAAGGCCUACAGUCUUCAAAUAAUGCAUUAGUUUUAAUUUUGACCACUGUAAUUCAUUAUUCCUGUAUUUUUUAUAUUAAUACAAAACAUGAGUAUGGUUUUGAAAAGAGCAACAAAUAUCCUUUCUGAAAUAAAGAUGACUCUUCUUCAGGAAAUCCACCCUGUUGAACGUUCACUUGUCAUUAUAGUGCUCAAUUCAUGAAGAAAAGAUAAACCAGCUGCCUCCCUGCAAAAAUCCCACUAGUCACUUCACCGCCUUUCAUGGACCUAUUCCAGAAACCGGAAGGACUCCCAGUUAUCACUGGACGGAUGACGGCUGGAACCUCACCCACCUGCUCCCUCUCCAGGGUAGUGUCUGUGCUGUGUCCAUGGCACUGCAGCCUCUGUGAGCCCAGAGACGCUUGGACUGAAGCGAGCUUCGUAUCUAAGUGAUGAAGAGGCUUGUGGGUCACAGUCCAGGGAUCUGGGCAGUCGAGGGCUGGAGAAAAUGGAAGAUAAAACUCCUUAAAUUGUGGGGUUUCAAAGAAAAGGAAAAGGAGGUACCACGUAGCGAACACAGAGGUCUUAAAAAUAUACCCUGUAUAUGUAGACCUGAACUGUGGUGUUCCCAAUUCUUCUCAUACAAAGCACGGGUUCAGAGCAGACCAUAUUGGCAAGGGUGCACUGUAUAAAUGAAAAUAAUACUGAAGUUGUGCCCUUGGCAAAGAUUAAAACUGUUUAUUCUCUUCUGCCUCAACUGUACUUAAGUGUAAUAUAUAACACAAUAAAUAAAUUUUGUGCCUCCUCUGUAAUUUAGAUUAGAUUUGAACCUAUUAUGGAUUUAGAAAUAAGAUAGUCAAGAUAUUUACAACUCUGUGUAAAGGAGAAGAAAAUAUUUUAAUGAGUUUUAUAAAUGUAUCAAAUUUUGAUAAAGUAUUUUGACCAAUAUAUUAAUAACCCAGGGCCUAUUUUCCUUUCUUCUUAGUUAUUGAGUGACUUCCAGAGACCUAUGGGAAAUAAACUAUCAUUGUAUGUAACUCCAAAACCACAAAGAUUGCAUUAAAAAAAAAAAACAU